AUCCCYUUCGCAGUCUCGAUGACCCAAGUGAACGACAUCAACGAGGCAGACCUGAGCUUCAUCCAGAACAGAGCCAUAGCCUUCACCAUCAGCCUCCACGACCCCAGCGAGUACCUGAGUGACGCCGACAUCACCUACAACUGGGACUUUGGUGACAGCAGCGGGGCGCUCAUCUCCAGAGAGCUGACUGUCACCCACACCUAUAUAGUGGCUGGUGGCUUCAAGCCCCAGGUGGUUGUACAGGCCGUUAUCCCUGAUAAAGCAUGUGCCACACCAGCUGGUGUCAAACCCACUGGUAAUGCUGUCACCAUCGGGCCUGCAAACCCGGCCAGCACAACAGUGAGAGCUCCUGCUGCUGAUGCGUCAGCUGCUCCAGUGAUGGUGGCCACACAGGAAGCUACAAUAAAUGUAGGCCCAUCAGCUCCCKCUGAGACUGACACAGAGGACAUCACUGAGGAGGGAGCCUCCAYCGCUCGGGACACGAAGAUACCUUCUCAAGUUAAUCCUGACACUCCAACUGGCCCUGCUGCUGAGGAAUUAGAGCCAGCAGGACAGACUCCUACAGGCCAAGCUCCCGUGGGGAUAGUUGUUAAGCAUGAAGCCAAUGACAAAAAGGAUGAUGACUGUGUGAUCUAUCGCUAUGGGUCCUUCUGCACUGGCAUUGACAUCGUUGAGGGCAUUGAGAGUUUGAAGAUAGUGCAAGUGGACAAUGCUGUGAUCAAGAUGGAUGAAUCUGAGGUUGAACGAAACGUAGUGGAUCUAACUGUCACCUGCCAAGGGAGCCUUCCCACAGAGGUGUGCACGGUUGUGUCCGAUGCAGACUGUUUUAUGCCCAUCCACACCAUGUGUAACACAGUGGCCCCCUCUUCUGAGUGCCAGCUGGUACUGCGUCACUUUUCAAUGACUCCGGCAUCUUCUGUAUCAACGUGUCCAUGACCAACGAUGUCAGGUCUGGCAGUCACCAGCACCAAAUGUAGCGUGACCGUGGGUUCCAGUCUUGACCUCAGCGGGCACUGUAGCCAUGGCGAUGGUGGUCCUGAUCGUUGCCCUGGUCGCAGGAACCAUGGCCUACACUUACAAGUGGAGUCACAAAUCAACAUUGG